AUGAACUUCCCGAGACACGGCGAUAUGCCCGGUAUGGACAUGGGCGGCGACGCGUCCGGCUCCUCCUCGCACUCCGACUCCCACAGUUCGAGUAACAUGAUGACAAUGGUCUUCCAAACCGAAACCCGCACACCUCUCUACGCAAGUUCCUGGACACCAAACAACGCCGGCGCCUAUGCAGGAACAUGCAUCUUUCUCGCCGUCCUUGCGAUUGUUGCACGAGUACUUGUUGCUUUGAAAGCCAUCCAAGAAGCCCGCUGGCUUGACCGCGAAGCUGCACGCCGCUACGUCGCUGUCAAUGGCAAAAUUCCGCUAUCGGAGCAGAUAGCUUCUAGCCCGGAUGCACGCCGCAUGACCCUCACGGAGAACGGAGUUGAGGAAACGGUUGUCGUUGUUGAGAGGAAGAGAGCUGCGACGAGACCAUGGCGGUUCAGUGUUGACCCUAUUCGCGCAUGUCUCGAUACUGUGAUUGUCGGUAUUGGGUACCUGCUCAUGUUGGCUGUCAUGACAAUGAAUGUCGGUUACUUUCUUUCGGUGCUGGCUGGUGUCUUUGCCGGUAGCCUAGCAGUCGGUCGAUACACAUCAGGAGUCGAGCAUUAA